AUGGCUUUGAAGGCACUAUUGGUUCUUGCACUCAUCAGUUACGCGGCCGCAGCACCAUGGCGGUGUUACACAACCUGUGAUGGCAGCACGGUCUGCUUCGGUGAACAGGGCCAACCUUCAAUCAGCCCGCCGUCCAUCUGCUUAGCUAGGCCCUGCCCACCAUGCACAGGCCCUGCGACAGUGUACACCCCUGGUUCAUUGUCUCUACCACAACCUUCGCCAUGCCCCUGCCCAAGUUCUCAGCCCAACCCUUGCCCCCAACCACCCCCCUGUGAAUGCCCAUGCUCGCAGCAAUCUCCCUGCUACUAG